GUCAGGGAACAGCAAUGGUGUUAUCUCUGGGCACCAUAGGGUCUAUAUAUAACAUUUCUACAGUUGCAGUGAACAGAUAUAUUGCAAUUUGUCGCACAGAUAUUUCGAGAAGCAUAUUCACCUGGAAAAAAUGUGCUGUGAUGAUUGCUGUAUUGUGGAUCUAUGCAAUACUGUUGGUGUUACCAACACAACUUGGAUGGGGCUCAUUUUCUUUCAAACAGAAAACAGACCUUUGUGUGUGCGACUGGGCUGCUAGUGAUAGCUACACCAUCAUUUUAGGCAUCUUGGCAUUUCUUAUUCCCCCAAUCGCUAUUAUUUAUAGUUACUGGAACAUUUUUAAGACUGUUCAUGCAAGUGCGAAGGCACUCAGGGCACACGAGGCUAAGAACAGAAAGGCCAAACCAAGCCAAGAUGCUGAUGCAUCAAAUGCACUGGUGAAAUCAGUCCCUAAGAAAACAAAUAGAAGAGAUGUUAGACUAGCAAUUCAGUUACUAGUGUUAUUUGUAAUAUUUUUUGUUUGCUGGGGC